GCCUCAGAUCUGUUUUCAGUGCUCAUGUGUGCCUGAGUGAGGUUGCCGGAGUAGCGAAACCAAGCCGAGGAGCGUUUCUGUCCGAGUAGUACACAUGGGAGAAUGAUUACAGUGCGUAGUCAGAGUAGCUGUAGAUUUUGGCGGCAGGCAGCGUUUUGUUAAACUUCAGUCCUCGAGCAUUUCAUUCCUUUCUGUGUUUUAAAUUCCAACGAUGGAGCCAAUAACCAAGUGGACACCUAAACAAGUGGUCGAGUGGAUGAGAGGUCUUGAUGACAGUCUCCAGCAGUAUGUAUCCAACUUUGAGAGGGAGAAGAUCAGUGGAGAACAGCUGCUCAAGAUCUCUCACCAGGACCUGGAGGAGUUAGGUGUGGCCCGCAUCGGCCACCAGGAGCUGGUGCUGGAGGCUGUGGACCUGCUGUGUGCUUUGAACUAUGGUGUGGAGACGGAUAACUUGAAAAACCUGGUGGUGCGAAUGAGAGCGGCAUCCAACAAUCUGCACAUUGGUACAUCAGAGCGCAGGAAGAGUCCAAGCUAUGAUGGCAGCAGCUCCCGCAAACCCCCCAAUGAGUUCCUUACGUCUGUGGUGGAGCUCAUCGGCGCAGCUAAAAGCCUUCUGGCAUGGCUGGACAGGACCCCUUUGACUGGGAUCAGUGACUUUACCACGACCAAGAACAAGAUCAUUCAGCUGUGCUUGGAGCUGACCACCACAGUCCAACAGGAUUACACUGUUUAUGACAUGGAGGAGAAGAUUCUGGAAGUUUCCAAGGUGCUGAACAAUAUCUGUGACCAGACCGUGAGAACCACCUCCGAUCCUCUAAUGAGCCAGUCGACGUGCCUGGAGGAAGUGCAGCUGACCAACAUCAAGCCUGGAGAAGGGCUGGGGAUGUACAUCAAAUCCACCUACGACGGGCUUCACGUCAUCACCGGCACCACUGAGCAUUCACCAGCAGACCUGUCCCAUAAGAUCCAUGCAGGUGAUGAGGUGAUCCAGGUGAACCAGCAGACAGUGGUGGGCUGGCAGUUGAAGAACCUGGUGGCAAAGCUAAGGGAGGACCCUAAAGGAGUAGUGCUGCUGCUGAAGAAGAGACCAGCAGGCACAUCAGGCUUUACGCCCGCACCCCUCAAAAACAUGCGCUGGAAACCCCCACAGGCACAGAGCUCAUCAUCCCCCAGUAAAAGCCAAUCACCAGGCAGCAGCACUGAAUCCAGCAGCAGGAAGGAGAAACCAGCCAUCCUGGACCUGUACAUUCCUCCACCUCCAUCUGUGCCUUACACACCACGGGAAGUGAGGACCAGCUCCUUCAGCAACGUGAACAGCAGACCUAAGGGCUCCGAGUCUCCUAACUCUUUCCUGGACCUGGAGAGCCGUCGGCGCUUCACCAUCGCAGAGUACGACAAGCUAGCUGUCUAUCCUGUGGAGGCCAACGUGGUGCAGACUCGCCUGAGAGAGAGAAGCUCCUCACGUGGUAAGCCACGGCCUCUCUCCAUGCCAGCAGACACGUGCCUAAAUGUGACAGACCCUUACGGCAGGCCUUGGACACAAGGAUGGAAAGGUGAGGAUCUAUUGUACCGAUACCUCAGCAACGAGCGCAUACCCACUAUCGCCGAGGAGAUCCCCACCACAGGACGGCCGUACAAAUCAACAGGGGAACGACAUGUACGAGGGGUGGACCACGUGCGGAACAGCCGAUUUCUCGUCAGCGUAGACCUCCACAACAGCGCUACCAUCCCUUAUCAGGAGGACUUUACUAAAAAGACCCCCAUGACCUCCACCCCAAAAAGGCCCCCCGCAGAGCCCUCGCUACUGGUCAGUUGGAUCACCAGGCUUAAGCUACUGACUCAUUAAUGACGCCUUGCCCUACCCCUCUGUCCGUUCCUGCUUUAGUUUAGCUCUGUGUGGUGACCUUCUCAAUCUCAUUCCUUUCUUUUUCCUCUCUCCUAACCUCAUUCUGACUUCUUUUCUAUUUCCUUUUGUGCCUCCUCCUGCUUUUUUUCGCUGUUUGACCAACUUGCCUUAUAGAACUAAACAAGAGCCCAAACAUCCUCAAACAUAUUGCUACAGAUGUUUGGAAACACUGCAGGGAACAUAGAAAUAGCAUAAACCUCUAAUUUGCUUUAUCCAAGAAAUUAAAGGGCUUGAUAUUUUAGUCAUAAACAACAGUAUAUUAAUAUUUUAAUUUGUACUUUAAGCCAUUUAUGAGACCUGUCUACCUCAGUAAUGUCCAUAAACUUCAGUGUAUAAAAGUAAAGCAGCUGCAUUGCAUAGAUAUCUUUAAGUUUAAUUUAGAAGCUUCGCUCCAUUCAGCCCACUUUGUCGAACCCCACGUUUCCAAACAGUCUGAAUGAACUGCAUAGCCACUGUCAUUAAACAGCUCCUAACACCUAAUCUCAUAAACAGAGCAUUUCAAAGAGGGGAAAAAAGAGUCUGCAUCAUACUUUUCAAAGGAAUUAGUUGCAGCACACAUAUGUGGACAAGUGGGUAGUCUUUUCAGGGUCAAAUAAUCUGGCUUCUUUUGUGUUAUAUUCCUUUUGUGUCAUUUUUUAAGUUAUUUUAAUAUGUAGACCUUCUCUUGCUAUUGAUUUUCACUUGCCAAAGUGUUUUUUCUUUUACUUAUUUUUAUUAUGUGUUCUUUGCUUCAAGGGUAAAUUAACAUAAAUGUUUGAUUUUUUCCAAAAUGCUUAUCCUUAUGUUUUAAAAUAGGGGCAUUUUUUUCUUCAUCACAGAGCCAUUGUUGCCUGUUACCUCUGUCAUAUCUGGUUACCUCUAAAAGCAUCUGGUCAAUACUGUUUAUUCUUUUCCUUCAGUGAAGUGAUUGAUUAUUCACUUUUAUGGAGGAGCCAUACAUGCAAAAAUGUGCAGGUCACAACACAUUAACCUGCACUGCAAAAAAACGAUAGCAAGUGAAAACAUCUUAAAUCUAGUCAAAAUAGACUUUUUUACUUGUCAUUUUAUCUCCUGGAAGUGUCUAGUGUUCCAAGUAUAUAUUUUUAGAACAGAAUUAUUUGCAUUAUUUCUUGACUUAAGCAAAAUAACCAAUGGAAUAAGACAGGUUACUUAAAACAAAGAGAAUUUUUUUUUCAAACUUUCUGCAUAAUUCAAUCUUUGAGAUGUAAACAAAGUCAUUCAGAGAGGUUUGAUGUAAAAUGUUCCAUUCUAGAGCAACAGAAUUAUUCACAGUGGUAAUGAUGGGAACCGGACAUCCACAGUGUUUAAUGACUUUAAAACUUAUCUCACAGAAAGUUGCAAAGUUACAAAUACAUUGCCUGAUGCUUGGGGUUUUGGCCUUAAGCCUAUAUUUUUCAAAAUCUGUUCAUGGCAGAGAUAUGCAGGGCAUAGUAAAGUAAACGUAGCCCAAAGAAUUUUUUUUUCUGAUUUACCAUUAUUUUACCAUUUUCAGCAUUACAUAUAAAACCUCAAAGGUUGACUAGUUGUUUUUGAUAGUGUAUAUAAUGUCUAUAUUUGUGAUACAGCGAUGGUGAUCCCUGGGUCCUGUCACCACCACUGUGUCACAGGAUUGAGUUACAAAUCUUGGGGAAAAACCUCACUUUUGGCCAGUUUUCUAGACACAGUUCAAAGCCUAGUGUAAAUUUGAUUUACUUUGUCAGAGAAAGCUGCCUAGAUCCAGCAAUAUGCCUGUGCAGUGUCCAGAAAAUUGGCCUUUCAACCCUAAAAGCAGAGUGUUGGAUAGGUUGAAUAACACUGCUUAUGUCUUAGGUUGACUGAUUCAACUUUUACAGUGUUGGUCUUGUGUGUUUGUCAUUUAAUACACAGUCUACAUCUGGUUCACUGCCGUGACUAGCUCAGCCGGAAAGUUAAGAGCGAGGGUUGAACAGUAUUACCACAAGUAAUAUAAGGUAUUUUUACUCUAUUUGGACACUAUUUGUACCUUACUUGCAUUUUGUACUAUAUCAGUGGUGUGCUAUUAAAGAAGCCAAUCCAGUU